AGGAAAAAGAGGAUGAAAACAUACAGCACAGGGGAUUCCCCAGUCGUCACCGACCUGAGUACUAAUCCUGCGAUCAGCAGCUUAUCUAGGGGAGAGCGGACGGGAUCCCGAGCUUUCUGCUGUCUAUGGCCGUAUGUGGCAGCCUUACUCGUUGACCUGGAUUAA